CCAACCACUUUACGUUGUUUUAAUUUUCAGAUCAGACUAUAUAUAAAUAUAUGAGGCUGAGGAAUCUGAAACCAUUUCAAAGGAUGGCCGGAGGAAUUGAGGCUGGCGGCGGCGGCGGGGUGGAGGCACAGAUGCGUUGGGCAUUCAUUCGUAAGGUAUAUGCCAUCGUUUCUCUCCAACUGCUCGUCUGCACCGCCGUCUCAGCCGCCAUGUUCUUCACCCCCGCCGUCAAGACGUUCAUGGCCACCACCUCUGGGCUGAUCGUUCUUAUAGCGGUAUUCAUUGUCACCUUCAUUAUCCUCAUAGCAAUGAAAAUUUGGGAGCAGACACAUCCGUGGAACUAUGUUCUUUUGGGGCUCUUCACUAUCGCAUUGGCUUUCAUGGUUGGAGUAGUUUGCACAUAUAAAAAAGGAAUGCCAAUCAUGCUUGCUGCUGGUGUAACGGCUCUGGUGUUCGUGGUUCUUACCUUGUACACAUUCUGGGCUACCAAGAGAGGCUAUGAUUUCUCAUUUCUUGGUCCCAUCUUGAUCUCUGCCCUCAUGGUGCUCAUCCUCUUUAGUCUCAUCAAGCUUUUUCUUCAUUUGGGAAGCAUUAUACAGUUGAUAUGCGGGGCAAUUGGAGCGCUCAUAUUUUCAGGGUUCAUCAUAUAUGAUACUUACAACUUGAUCCAGAAAUACAGUUACGACGAAUACGUGGAUGCAGCUUGUUGUCUGUUUUUGGAUAUCAUCAACCUUUUCUUGGCCAUUCUUGAGAUCUUGGGGGUCUCUGAUUGGAAUUAGAUGAUGAUGAUGAAGAAGAAGACUUGUUUUUAUUUUAAUUCAAUGCCCUUUGGCAAUGUCUAAAAUUUUAUGGAUUGGAUCGGAAUACCUGCAUUCCCUUUUGAAUUUUUGAUAUUGGAGUUCCAUUAAACAUAUUUAAACAAGAUUAUGAAAAAAUGAGAGUGCUUCUU